AUCGAAAAGGCAAAGGUAAGCCCAAAGUUUUGCGUAUACAAAACAAUAGGGUUAGCUCUGUUGUUAACAGUCCCUGAUUUCUCUGGGCAAAACUAUCUGGAAUUGGUAUAGACAUUCCUAUUGAGUUGGACCCUUUUGAAUUUUUUCCUUGCAGCAAUACCGUGAUCAUGGGAAACACUGGCGACUACAAAGUCGAAACAAGGUCAUGGUCCGAUCUCCCUCACGAGCUCCUGGCCCCGGUCGCGGAUGGCUUAGGCAUAAUCGAGCUCCUUGGUUUCCGUGGCACAUGCAAGGACUGGCGCUCUGCUUCCUCGACCGCCUCAGCUGAGAUCGAAUCCUCUCCACAUCGCAAGCCUUGGUUCCUGCUCUACGCGGAGGGAAAUCCACAAUGCCAACUCUGCAAUGUCUCUGCAAGAACUCAGUACUCCAUCAACAUCCCUGAAUUGGAAGAAUCAGCUUGCCUUGCAUCGAACCACGGUUGGCUCCUCCUAUUCAACAAAGGAUCAAUCCUCUUUUUCUGCCCAUUCUCCCGUGAGAAAAUAGAGCUUCCGGAUUUCCCCCACUCGGAAAUAUCGGACCAUGUUGCUGUAUUUUCAGCUCCGCCCACCUCCAAGAAGUGCACUCUUUGCGUCAUUAACCGCAAAGACGAACACGAUAUGGAGCUGAACAUUCUCAAACGCGGGGAGCAAAAAUGGGAUAAAGUCUACUAUCCCGACGAAGAAAGGAUGGAUAAGGUUGUGGGCGUGGGUUUUCGGGAUAAAUGUUUCUAUUUCUUUGACAAAGACAAAAAGGUAUUGACAUACAAGAAGAAGGAGUGGGAAAUUUACAGGAUAGUAGUGGAUUCAAAAGCCCCUGCUGUUAUUCUGCCGUUUCAUAGCCACAGGAGCUGUCUCAUGGGCAAUGGGAUUCUGAAAACUUGGUUGAAUUUGGGGGAGGAUGUUUCAAUUUCUACGUGUGGGACGCGUUAUGGUGACGAUAUUGUCCACAACGAGAACGUUGAGGCUUCGAAAGAGGGCGAAACCCGGAAGCUGAAAGGGAUAUGGAUUCAUCCUCGGUUCCUUCAAGCUCCUUCAAAUCAGUGCUGGUGAUCUCUUUUAAGGGUUUGCCUAUAUUACCUACGUAUAAGUUUAUAAAGCCUUCUAUAUUUUCCAUUGGUGACUCCGUAGGGAUUUGUUGGACCCUGAUUUAUAUUGCAGAGUGUGGUAUUUGAAUAAGUCAAUUGGCAUUUUCUAAGAUGAGAAUUGGAGAUUAUUAAGAUGGACUGGGGGCUCUGCCCUCCCUAUUGAGGGACAACACCUGCUGUCCCGGCCGAGCGGGGGCAUGGAAUGUGUCUUGAAAAUAAGUUACGUGCACUGGUUUUGGUUAAAGUUACUGCAGGUUUAGAAAAUAGCAAAUAAUUUGAGACUUCUCUUUCCUUGCUACUAUUUGUUCUUUAUUUGUCUCUAGAAGUUUGGUGAUGAAGUUUAUCACCAGCUUCAAUCAGGUUUUCUACC